AUGCCAGUGUGGGCGCCAAAUAUUCGUCCUCCAGGGGCUGGCUCCUACCUCGCCCUGGGUGUGGCACUCGGUUUAACAACAGGUUUGACACUCAACGCACUUAGGCAGCUGAAGGGCUCCAGGAAACCUCUACUCAUCAGGUCACCCCGUGAGACACAGUUGUCGAAACUUUCAAGAGAGGAAAUCGAUGCGUUGCCCUAUCCCCCAGACGCAUUGCCAGGGGGCCGGGACGUUGAGACACCAUACGGCAUCAUCAAAGUAUUCGAAUGGGGCCCUGAAGAUGGAGAGAAGGUUCUCCUGCUGCAUGGCAUCAGCACGCCUUGUUUAGCACUGGGAAACCUCGGGCAGGAGUUGGUCAGAAUGGGAUAUCGUGUUAUGAUAUUCGACUUCUUUGGGCGUGGCUACUCGGAUACUCCAACCGACCUCCCUUAUGACAUUCGCCUAUACACAACUCAGAUACUCCUCGCUCUUGCCUCGUCGAACGUGGCGUGGGCUGGGAAUGACGGAUUUCAUUUGAUUGGAUAUUCUCUGGGAGGAGGGAUUGCUGUUCCGUUCGCCAAAGACUUCCCCCACAUGGUCCGGUCUGUUGUCCUUAUCGCUGGUGGAGGACUGAUUCGGCCUGAACAUGUCAGCUGGAGGAGCAGAUUACUGUACUCGACGGGGAUAUUCCCAGAAUGGGCGCUCGAGUUUCUAGUUCGGAGACGCCUCAUGCCAAAACGACGAGAAGCUAUGACGGAAACAAUGAUGGCUACUCAGGUGGUGGACAGACCUAAGAUCAGGCACAAAAACAGUGAUGCCAACGGCGGAGAUGGUUGGGACGGCGCCACUCUGUUGGCACAUCGACCGGGCCAUACAGUGUCGUCCGUUAUGGAAUGGCAGCUUCACCAACACAGGGGGUUCAUUCCGGCUUUCAUGAGUAGCAUCCGUCAUGCACCCAUUUACAAUCAACACAAGGACUGGAUAGCAUUGGGGCGGCUCCUGGCCGAACGGAGGAAAGAAGCGGGCUGGGUGGACACAAGCUUGCCUGGCCUUAAGGGGGGAAGCAUUCUUUUAGUACUUGGAGCCAUGGACCCCGUUGUUUCGAAGGAGGAGUUGAUUCAUGACGCUACGGCUGUGCUGGGUGAGGAUGGGUUUGAGGCUGUGGUUUUGAAUAGCGGGCAUGAAUUGGUUAUGACCAAUGCGAUUGAAGUUGCCAAUACUGUUGCUGGCUUUUGGCUGCGGCUACCUGGUACAGAAUAG